AUGAUCAUUUUUAAAUUACUUAUACCAAUCAUUUUAUCUGAGGUGGUUGUAUGUUAUCCUUUCAGGUUCAAGCUUCAUCUUGAAGUUAUUGACAACACAGGGUCAACCACAUUUGUUCUGUAUGACCGUGUUGUGACACAGGCUGUGGGCAAAUCUGCACAAUAUUUUCUUCAUGCUAUGACUGAGAAAAACUCUGCUGAGAUUCCACCGGAGCUCAAUAUGUUUGUUGAUCAACGAAUGUUGUUCAAGGUUGAAGUGAGCGAUUCAAAUCUGUAUCGUAAUUGGCGUAGCUACACAGUUAGGAAGUUAACAAUGGAUGAUGACAUUAUUAACCGGUUUAUAACACUACAUGGCAUAAGUCUUGCCAACGAUGAGGAAAAUGCUGAAUAUGUUGAGACUACUUGCGAGUUAGCUGAUAAGGAUCCUUUGGAAUUGCUUGAAGGUGUUGAUUCGAGCAACAAGGAAGAAGGUGCUGCUGUUGAUUCAGAGGUAACUCCGACUAGCAAAGCUUUGGGAAAGAGAAGUGCUGACAAGGAAGAAGGUGCUGCAGUUGAUUCUGAGGUUACCCUGCCUAGCAAAGCUUUGGGAAAGAGAAGUGCUGACAAGGAUGAAGGUGCUGCGGUUGAUUCUCAGGUUACUCCUACUAACAAAGCUUUGGGAAAGAGAAGUGCUGACCGUGUUGAGUCACUGGAUGAUCUUGAGGUGAUAGGAGGUGAUGCAUCCACAACAAAGGAACCAAAACUGGUUCGUGUGAAGGUUGAAAAAAUUGACUGAAGUUUCUUCAAGGAAUAUGCAGUUUCAGUUAUGUUGUCGGUGUCCAAGUCCGUAGUCCUUUUCGCUUUGUUUUUGUAUUUUUAAUUGUCGCAUUUGAACCUUUUCAAUCUUCUUUAAUCCUUUUGUUAUUCUGUGUGGUAUUUUGAUGUACUUCAUGAUUGAAGAAUCGUAUUUUGCGUGUUUGUUGUCACUGAUUUGGAUAUCGCAUGGAAUAUUAUCUAUCAAUUGAAUUAUCGUUUUCAGUUUUCAA